AUGCCCGAGAAACCAUGGGUUGAUAUAGCGGUUGAUUUCAUGGGACCACUCCCUUCGGGCCAUACACUGUUCGUGCUAGUGGACUACUACAGUAGAUUCACAGAAACAAUUGUUAUGAAACAAAUAACGGCGAAACGCACAGUACAGGCUCUGCAUGAGACUUUUAGCAGAUUUGGAGUGCCUGAAACUAUUAGGUCGGAUAAUGGACCACAGUUUGUGAGCGAGGAAAUGCGUUUAUAUUGUAAUGAAUAUGGUAUAACACUGAGGAAAACAACGCCGUACUGGCCACAAGCUAACGGUGAAGUGGAACGGGCGAACAAAACAAUAUUGAAACACCUUAAGAUAAGUCAACAGACAGCAAGGGUGGCACCUUCAAUGUUGAUGUUCAAGCGAUUGUUCCGAGAUAAGCUACCCAGCUACAGUGAACAACCCAAUGGGGAGGAGGAGGAGAUAUUAGAUAGAGACAGGGAAAGGAAACAGAAAGAUGCUGAUUAUGCGGAUGGCAAACGUCAUGCAAAGACCUCAGAUAUUUCAGAGGGGAUACUGUUGUGGUGGAACGAGCUGUGA